AGUUUGCAGCUUGAUUAAGGAAGUAAUUAGACCUAAUGUGUGGAAAUUAAUAAGGUUGAAUGUAGUAUUGGAAGUUUAUCAUGCUAGGGAACUGAUGCUUAAAGGGAGUUUUGUGCUGUGCAUGAUGAGCACUCAAUGCUCAUUAAUGAUGUUAAUGUUUAUAUUAAUAAAUUAAUAAAUUAAAUGUUUAGGUUUCACUGUGCAUUUUCAUACCAAUAGCAAUUAGAAUUAAACAUCAUUAUAAUUGUAGCAAUAUUAAAUUUGUACUAAUCAUUCCAACAAAUUAAGUUAAAAUAAAAAGACAAUGUGUUAAAUAUAUUUUGUCAUAAUUGUGUUUAGUUUUAAUCUAACCUGAGCAAAAAGUGCUCAUUAACUUGGCUGGUGUUCUACAGACUGAGCUAUCCCGCAACCUGACACUUUAUCUCCUAAAUUGACUUAUUCAAAACGUGAUAUAAGAUCAAAAUUACAUUUAUUUGAGUAACCAGCAGGACUUCAAUAUUAAGGGUAGAUGACUACAGAUUUAUUGAUUUCUAUGGUUUGUCAUACUUUUUUCGACAGCUUGAUGGCCGACUUACAGAGCAUUAGCAACAGUUUCAGCAGCGACUUCUCCAACAGCAGCAACUUCUCCAACAGCAUCUACCACUGCAGCAGCGAAAACAACAACUCCAGCAGCAAUCAACCCAGCAGCAGCAACAACCACCCCAGCAACAACAACCGCAGCAAAAACAAAUCCAGCAACAACAACCAGAUCCUCAACCAGAUUGUCAAGACCUGCCUGUCAACAGGACAUAAUUAUGGCCCAGCUGCUAUUAGACAUCACUGGCAUAACAGAUGCCAGUAAGGCUGCAAAGAAGUUGUUUCGCCACCUGUAAAGGGAGGAGUGAAAUAAAACGAAGGACUGUGAAACACUAGAGUACUUGAAAUAUUCUGUUUUGUUCAGAGUGUAUAUAUCCAUUGUCUACUUCAAAUAAUAAAUUGUUAUACAUUA